AUGGAUUCCAAUACAUUCGUGGUGGAUGAUGAGCAGUUGAGCCGCCACCAAAUCCACACGAUCGCUCUCGUCGAGCGAAUCGGCGGCAUCAUCAGCCUGGUUUCAGUCAUGCUCAUAUUCCUCGCCUACUGGCUGGUGCGGCGAGUGCGCAACGUGCAGAACACCUUUAUCGUCUUUGCCAGCGUAUCAAACAUCGGAGCCAGCAUCGCAAGUAUCAUUGCCUACGAUGGCAUGAAUGCUGGCCAAAAGUCUGCCCUGUGUCAGGCCCAGGCUUUCAUGUUUCAAAUGUUCAUGCAGUCUGAUCCCUGGUGGUCUUUGGCCAUGGCUGUCAACGUCUUUCUCGUCUUCUACUUCCACACAAAUCCCGACUCGUUCCGCAAGCGCUGGUGGAUUUACUGCUUGAUCUGUUACGGAGGGCCGUUCACCAUCGCCCUGACUCUCCUCCUCCUUAGGAGCCCGCGUGGCCUUGUGUACGGCGGAGCCACAAUCUGGUGUUGGGUCGACAGGGAGUGGGACUUUAUUCGAAUUUAUACAUACUACAUGCUAAUUUGGAUAUGUAUCGUUGGCUCCAUUCUCUGUUACUUCUUGGUUGGAUGGCAUGUUUUCCGCAUGAGAAAUCGUCUUCGCAGCUUUUCCACAUCAAAGAACAGAGAAAAAGAAAAGGAUAUGGAUCCAGGAAGAGCAGAGACGGGACAGAAUGGCUGCUAUGGCACCGUCACCACCGAAGUUCAAGUCACGCAUACUCCUGCCAACGCUCUUCCCAACCCCAACGAGCCCCAGCCCGCUUACAUCCAACAAAACCCCAGGCAUGUUUCUUUCGAUAACUCGACUCCCGAAAUCCAACCCUCUGGCGACAACCAGUAUUACUCCUCUGUCACAACCUCCCCACCCCAAGAGGCUCCUCCUCGGCCUCCCCUACUACAGCGCUUCAUGACCUCCAUCAGAACCAUUAGUGGCAAAUUCCACAUCAGCGAUCCUAUCAAGAGAGCGUAUUUGAGAACGAGCUUCUUAUUUGCACUAAGUGUGUUGGUUACCUGGAUUCCCAGCAGCCUAAAUCGCAUUCACGGCUGGCUUGACGGAGGAUCACCCUACGAUUUCCACGUCGCAACAGCCGCAGUCUUGCCCUUGCAAGGAUUGUGGAACGCAAUCAUCUUCUUUGUGACGAGCUGGCGGCCCAUAAAGGCAUGGGCUCACGAGACGCUCAAGAGCGGCGCUCCCAAAGUCGAGCGCCGCAAGACGGACGACCUUGCCAUGAAUGAGCGGAUUACUGCUCCGUUAGGACGAUGCGAAUCCUUUAUAGAUGACGGAGAUUCGGCAACCAUCGGAAGCGACGUGGAACUGAGACGUGUGCCCAACUCUGGAAUCAAGCCGUCGAAUACCAUAUAA